ACGUGGAGAAGAGAGAGAGUCAGCUGAGAGAUAGGGAGCACGUGGAGAAGCUAAUUAAGAGCCGGAUACGGCGGAGAUUGAAAUCGAGAGAGAUCGGAGCGAAUAUUGGCAGGAGCCAGGAGCGAUACCCACUGGCCGGCGCGUGCAAGUGGAAAAAAAGAAAAAUGCAGUCGUUGUGGUUCCAUUCCGUAGUUGGAAAAAGCACGUUGAGAUGAUCCUCUCCAUCUCUCUUCCCAGAUCCACGCUGCCGCCGCGUCCAUCUCUUCCCCUGCAGGUUCCUGCCCACGUUCUCGAGAGGCAGAGACAUGAGCAUAGCUUUAAGUUGCAACGAGCUAGCUGGUUAUUGCGCAGUCAACAAGCCAGGCGAGAAAUCCAAAUGUCCCUCUGAGUCUGAGCCCUCUCCUUACCCGCGCCCGCGAUCACCCACCGGAAAAGGCGCCGAACAGGUACGCUGCAUCUUCCGGGCAUCGAUGAAAGGCGGGUCUCUGGACAGGCUUCUUGCUAGCGCGCCGUUCUUAGGAUGUCCUCUGCUUCUUCUCGUUGUGCUGGUUGCUGUUUUCUCGGUGCUGGAUGUGUCCCCCGUCCUCACGAACUUCGGCAUAACAAGGUUGGAGGAGCAACCGAAAAUUUCCGCACAGGACAAGCUGUGCGAACAAACUACCACGCCAUCGAGCAAUGCCUCUUCUCUUGACGCUGAUGCAUGCGCCGAUAGCCGACCACCGAUUCCAUCACCGUACUUGAUAGAUUGUAACUACGGAAAGGGGAAGUGGGUAGCAGACAACAAGCGGCCACUCUACUCCGGCAAGGAGUGCAGUCGAUGGCUGUCGCUGGUGUGGGCAUGCCGCCGGAUGGACCGGACCGACUUCUCCUACGAGAGUUACCGCUGGCAGCCAAAUGGCUGCGAGAUCCCCGACUUUUCUGGCCAAAACUUUCUGAAAAGGAUGAGGCACAAGACUCUGGCUUUCGUGGGCGAUUCGCUCGGCAGACAACAAUUCCAGUCCAUGAUGUGCAUAGCGACAGGUGGUAAGCACAGCCCAGAGGUCGAAGAUGUUAGCCGGAAAUACGGCCUUGUCAAAGCCCCGAACGCUUUCAGCCCAGCUGGUGGUUCCGCUUACCGAUUCCCAUCGACCAACACCACGAUCCUUUUCUACUGGUCCGCGACCCUAUCUGAGCUGCAGCCAUUGCAAAACACCACGAGCUCGGCGAGGACGAAGAAGAAGACGACGACUAGCUACGCGUUGCAUCUCGACCGGCCGGCAGAGUUCCUGAAGCAGCAUCUCCACAGUUUCGACGCCCUGGUGCUCAACACCGGCCACCACUGGAGCAGGCAGAAAUUCAUCCGAAAUCACUGGGAGCUCUACGACGGCGGGAAGCCCGUAAUAAGGAAAGGCAAAGCCGCGGCGAACUUCUUCACCGACGCGAGGAACGCUAAGCUGCACAACAUUGCCAGAUGGCUGGAUGCGGAGCUGCUACGUCGUCCUGGGAUGAAGGUGUUCCUGAGGACGAUGUCGCCGGACCAUUUCGUGGACGGCGGCUGGGACACCGGAGGAAGGUGCGAGGACACCGCCCCGUUGUCCGGUGGGAGCGAGGUCUCGGGGGAUCGCUCGGGUGAUCUGGCUGCGGAGCACGCCGUGAAUGGGACUCGGGUUAAGCUGCUGGAUGUCACUGCUAUCUCGCGGCUGCGGAGCGAGGGCCAUAUCUCGAACCAUAGUGUCGGAGCUCAGAGGGAGAAGUACGAUUGCUUGCACUGGUGCCUUCCUGGUGUACCGGAUUUGUGGAAUGAGCUGCUCUUUGCACAGAUUUAAUUAGUUACAUGUAUACGACAGUUCAGUGAGGAGAAAUGUCUCUCUGUAAUGUCCCAUUCUUUUGAGGUUGGAUUCAGGUGCAAGAAUAUAUAGAUCUGUUAACACAAAGAAAUUUGUA